AUGUUACACCAGAUCCUUGGUCAGACCAAAAAACAUCAGAGCUUGAUCCCCCUCUUCAUAAUUAUUGGGGCAGGAGGUACUGGAACAUUGCUGUAUGUCUUGUACCUGGCAUUGUUCAAGGCAGAUGUCAGUUGGGAUAGGAAGAAUAACCCAGAACCCUGGAACAAACUGGGUCCCAGUGCUCAAUUUAAGUUCUCCUCAGUGAGUGUAGAUUAAAGCAAAGCGAAGAACAAAGGUCCAGACUUCUAAAUGGAAUGUUUCACUAUAAGGCUGCUUGAAAUGAAGGUCUUCCGGAAGCCAUCUGCACAAUUUUCCAUUUAUCCAGGAACUAUUUCCCCUCUAAAUGUACAAAAUCAUGUUGGUGUAUUGUGUUGGGGUUUACACUGAUUAAGAAAUAUUUGAAACUUGAAAAAAAUU